AGCAUGGAAGGUAGAGAGAAUCUAGAAAUGUGAAAAAAAAAAUUGCCCAUAUCUUUCACAUCCUCAAUCACCCCCCUUUAUUAAUUUAAUCCAUUUUGUUUUGUUAAAGAUAUCAUUGAACUUGAGCCAAAGGUGAAGCAAAGUAUAUAGAAUAAUAGAGAGAGACUACAAGUUGACAAAAUUGAAGUCAUUCAACUCAUUUUUUUGGUUGUUGUUCAGGGGGGUUCUUUUUUUUUUUUUUUUUUUUUUUUUUUUUUUUUUUUUUUUUUUUUGCUUUUCUGUUUUUGUGGAGAAGGAAGAUCUCAUUUUUAUCAUCUGGGUAUGUGGGAUCUCUCUAUCUUGUUAUCAGGUGUUUUGGCUCAUGAUGACCAUGAUGAGUUGUUGAUAAAAGGGGUGGUGGAGGAUAUAGUUAUGAGGAAUGGGAACUGAAGUACAGUCUAAAAUGUAUCUACCGGGUUACUAUUCCUUGAGAGAUCUAAAUGACAAUACUGGCAGUGGUAGCUGGUCUUUAUGUCAGCAAAGCAAUAUGUUUGGCCAGUACCAUGAUUUUUUCUUGACGAGGCAAGCAAUAGAUGUUAAUGAGGAACAUGACAAGCAACACUUGCGGCAAACUAUAUUGAAGCAUGAAUCUAUGUUCAGGCAUCAGCUCCAUGAACUUCAUCGUAUUUACCACAUACAGAGGGGCAUGAUGAAUGAAAUGAGAAGCAGAGAAUUAAACAAACAUCUGAUACCGGAAAGACUAUCACAGUCUAGUCUUUAUUCAUCUGGAUUUUCAUUCACAGAUGACAAGGGGAGGCAGCAUAUUUCCAGUUUGUCCACAGUGGAUUUAAAUCAUGGUAGACUGUCUAUGUCUGGUGCUGACAGCUUCCAAUGUCAGUUUGGAUCCAUGAAAGAGAAUGCCAUGCAGUCCAGUUAUGGUCCUAACCAAACUGGAUUAAGAUUGAAGGACUACGAGACUUCGGAAUCCGACUGCAAGAAGCAGCAAAGAAGGUUAAUUGAUCUUGAACUUCCUUCUGAAGAAUACGUUAAUGAUGAAAAGGAAGGUCAAGGGGUUUCUGGAGUGUCAGUGGGUAGUUAUUUUCUUAGCAGGGACCAUGAGAUGACUCGUGAGAGAGUUGGAAAUUCAUCUUUUUACCCUGGUGUUAUCUCUGGCUGUAAAAAUGAUGGGUUCAGUUCCAGUUCAUAUAUGAGGAAUCCCCACGGACUGAGUAAUUUAAAUGAACAUGUCAAAGUUAAAGAAGCGUCUGUCUCAGCUUCCACCAAUGUUUUGGGAAAUAUUAUCUGCUCCAAAGAGGAGCUGGAAAGACACUUUCCAUCUCCAUAUUCACAUUCCGGUUUUCACUGCUUGGACAAUAAAUUUUCUCAAGAUCCCCGAAAAGGAAAGGAAAGAGGAAUCAGCUUUAGCAAUUUGCAUGUAGAGACUGAAAGGCAACAAAAUGGGUGGUCAGGGUGUAACCUUGAAGCUGGCCAAACUGGAAGUAAUGGAGGUCCACUUCAUGCAAGUUUUUGUCAUGAAGAUUUACCUGCAACUUCUAAGUCACAGCAAGUUGAACCUAGGAACUCCAGCUUUUCAAAAUUUAUCUUGUCUGAGCAAAAGAACAGGGAAUCACAUCAGAAGAAGAAACUUUUUGGUGUUGAAAUUUGUGAAAGCAACCGUGGUGCAUCCACUGAGGCCUUCCGAACUCCUAUUCAGCACCCACAUGUUCCUCAAUCUAAUGCGGCCAAUUCUGAGUCAUCCUCAAUUUCUUCCUGGAAGAAACUUUAUCCUGGCUCAAGCCGUAAUAUGAUAAUGGUUCAAGGACAACCUUCUGUUAGCACCUUAACUCAAUCAAAUAAGAGUUCAGUGACAUUGAUGCACAGCCCCGAUGUUGUGGGAGACAAAUUGGUACUUAGUAGCAGUUCUAGAUCUGCCCCAAAUACUAGAGCUGAAGCAUUGUACCAAAAUGAUUUGUGCUUUGGUUCUCAGUUGGAAUCCAAAGAAUCAUGGGUUUGCCACUCAUCAAAUGGAUUUGGUCACCCAAAUGGCAUCAGUGACAGUAGUUCUGCUUCUGAACAUUUUGCUGAACGUGGUCCUAGAAACAACUUUAGGGAUUUAGGCUCCAUUAUGGAUGCCAAGUUUACAGAAGAGAAGAAAGCCGAUGCAGUAUCUCCAAAUAGUUAUCAGAAUGAAACAAUUACUCAACCUGCUAUUGUUUCUAUCAAUGGGACAAGGAAGCAGAACCCUCAUGGAGGAUUGCCUUGGCUUAAAGCAGUUCCUUCAUGUAAUGGAAACUCUUCUGAAGAAAGGCAAGGCUCUUCUCAGAUGAAUGGAGAUUCAUUGCAAAACUGUUCUCAGCAAUUUUUCGAUAAAACGGAAAUGAUGAGAAAGAGCUCCUUACAAACCUUUGUUCAGGAUUCUUUGUCGGCUACAUGUGCCCUUGAUGCUGAGCACUGGAAAACUGAAGUUGGUGAGUGUUCAAGCAACAGGAAGAUUCUGGGGUUCUCCAUUUUUGAAAAGCCUUAUAAAUCUAAGGAUCUUGCCACUCCUAGUCGCCCCUCAAAACCAAGCUAUCUUGCAACUGUUGAUGGUACCAAGGCCAAUGAUCCAACAUCACAUGAAUUUGGAGAGCAGCAUAAAGUGGAUGGUCUGAUGGAGAAAGGCUUAGUUAAUCACAGUGCUGAUUCAAGACAUCAUAUUGAUUUGAAUUUGUGUGUUGUUGAAGAAGAAGUUGAAGAACUGGCUCAACCAACCCUCUCUUCCUCAAGAAGCAGUCGGAAGAUUGCUCUUGAGAUAGAUUUGGAGGCACCAGCAGUUGAAACAGAAAUGGAUUUGCCUCCUGGGUUCGAACAUUUUAAAAGCAGCAAACUACAUUUUGACAGCAGUAAGCCUCCUGGGUUUGAACAUUUUAACAGCAGCAAACCUCCUGGGUUUGAACAUUUUAACAGCAAAACUCCUGGGGUUGAACUUCUUGACGGCAAGCCUCCUGGGUUUGAACAUUUUGACAGCAAAGUUAAAGGACCUGUUAACUUGCUUCAAGUUGUAUCUAAAGAGCUGCACGAAGGACUAAAACAGGUUGCAGCUGAGGCUUUAGUGGCAAUUUCAUCAUCUUGUGUGCCUCAUCAGGCUGAUAGCUAUUCUCAUGACUCAGGUGAUUCUCUCAGUGAUCCCCUUGAUUGGUUUGCAGACAUUGCUUCUGGUUACAAGGGUGAUGUUCAGAAUGAGGUUGGAUCAGUUUCAAUGGAUCGGGAAAGUGUUAAUCCUGAACAUAGUUUUCCUAAUGGGAUGGAUUACUUUGAGCUUAUGACAUUAAAUCUGACAGAAACUAAGGUAGAAGAAUGCUGUUAUGAGCCUCAGGUUUUUGAAAACUCAAAAACUGAAAACAUAAUGCUUAAACGACCACGAAGAGGUCAGGCAAGGAGAGGAAGGCAAAGGAAGGACUUUCAAAGGGAUGUACUACCCACUCUUGCUUCACUGUUAAAGAAUGAGGUGACUGAGGAUCUUCAGACAAUCGAAGGGCUGAUAAAAGCCACUGGUGGCACCUGGCAGUCAAGUUUGGCACUGAAAAAUGCUGCUAGGAAUGGUGGGGGAAAGAGAAGGCGGCGUUCAGGGGGUUCUGAUUCUCCUCCAAAUGUACCUACCAGUUGCCCACCUCAGACUGAGCCACCUAAAUGUAGAGAAGUGGCAUUUGAGGAGGCAAGCCUAUUAGGAUGGGGGAAGAGGACAAGACGUCCACCGAGACAAAGAUACCCGAUUGGUAGUCCCCCUCUCUCUAUAAAAUAACUAGAAAGAGAAAGAAAUGUCUGAUUUCAGAGAAUUGGAGUUCUCUUGGCUAUGGUGCUGGGUUUUCCUUUCCAGGGAGAUUCACUUUGUACAUGCUUUCAUUUCUUAACCUUAAUUUGGUUUCUCAGUACCUUGAGUGAGUUGUGUGUUUCAUCAUAAAUAAGUUUCAUUGUUCUUCUCUGAGCUUAAACUGAAACAUCUCGGCUUAAUGUAAUAUAAUUGCAGGAGUGCUCCUGAAAGUUUGGCA